CAAUGUGUAACAACAAGCAUCCAAACAAGUUGUUAAUUUUUAUUUUAUCCUGGAAAAAUUUGUUCUUGUUGUUGAGCUGAAAUUUGGUUACAGUUUGUUUCAGCAGGGAGUGGAUCUGGGAAGGUCAGACUGGGCGAUCUACCACCCGUAAUGUGCAAACUUAAGGCAUUGAAGGAUAUUCUCUCUGCAGAUGACAUUAGCCACAUAUUAAACGAGUCAGCUCCUGAUGUCACUGAAGAAAUUGAUUUCGAAUCCUUUCUUCGGUUAUAUCUAGAUCUACAAGGACGAGCAACUACUAAAUUGGGUAAUGCAAAAUUAAAAACGUCGUCCUCUUUCCUCAAGGCCAGAACAACCACAAUUCGUCACAAUAUUAGUGAAUCUGAAAAGGCAUCAUAUGUUGCACACAUCAAUAGCUUUCUCAGAGAGGACAAGUUUUUGAAGGAUUUUCUUCCUAUAGAUCCAUCUGGCAACGCUCUCUUUGAACUCGUGAAAGGUGGUGUUGUUCUGUGUAAGCUUAUCAAUGUUGCCGUCCCUGGUACUAUAGAUGAGCGUGCUAUCAAUACGAAAAAGGAUGUUAAUCCGUGGGAAAGGAAUGAGAACCACACUCUUUGCCUCAAUUCUGCAAAAGCAAUUGGUUGCACAGUCGUCAAUAUUGGCACACAGGAUUUAGUCGAAGCAAGACCUCAUCUGGUUGUUGGGCUGAUUUCUCAAAUUAUCAAGAUACAACUAUUAGCUGAUCUCAAUUUGAAGAAAACUCCGCAACUUGUGGAACUCGUGGAGGACAGCAAGGAUGUGGAGGAGCUCUUAGGUUUAGCUCCAGAAAAGGUUUUAUUGAAAUGGAUGAACUUCCAUCUAAAGAAGGCAGGCUAUAAGAAGCAAGUCAAUAAUUUUUCGUCUGAUUUAAAGGACGGAGAGGCCUAUGCUCAUUUGCUCAAUGCUCUUGCACCUGAACAUGGUACAACCAGCACACUAGAUACUAAAGAUCCAACUGAAAGAGCAAAUUUGAUUAUUGAGCAGGCAGAGAAACUCGAUUGCAAAAGAUAUGUUACCCCACAGGAUAUUGUUGAGGGCUCUCCAAACUUAAAUCUUGCGUUUGUUGCACAAAUAUUCCAACACAGGAAUGGAUUGUCAGUGGACACCAAGAAAAUAUCUUUUGCUGAGAUGAUGGAGGAUGAUGCUCAAACAUCUCGAGAAGAAAGAUGCUUCCGGUUGUGGAUUAACAGCCUUGGAACUGAUACCUAUGUAAAUAAUCUAUUUGACAGUGUCCGGACUGGGUGGGUGCUCCUCGAGGUACUCGAUAAAAUUGCACCAGGAUCAGUCAACUGGAAGCAAGCAACAAAACCCCCUAUUAAGAUGCCUUUUAGAAAAGUUGAGAAUUGCAACCAAGUCAUAAGGAUCGGGAAAGAACUAAAUUUCUCCCUUGUGAAUGUAGCUGGAAAUGAUAUCGUACAAGGAAACAAGAAGCUCAUAUUAGCUUUUCUGUGGCAGCUAAUGAGGUUCACAAUGCUGCAACUGUUGAAAAACUUGAGGUUCCAUGCCCAAGGAAAGGAAAUAACAGAUGCUGACAUCCUAAAUUGGGCAAACAGAAAAGUGAAGAGUGCAGGCAGAAAAUCUCAAAUAGAAAGCUUUAAGGACAAAAGUCUAUCAAAUGGGAUGUUCUUCCUAGAACUUCUUAGUGCAGUGGAGCCAAGGGUCGUGAAUUGGAGCGUUGUAACAAAGGGGGAAACAGAUGAGGAUAAGAAGCUUAAUGCAACUUACACAAUCAGUGUUGCACGGAAACUUGGAUGCUCCAUCUUCUUAUUGCCAGAGGAUAUAAUAGAGGUAAACCAGAAGAUGAUCCUUACUCUCACAGCAAGCAUCAUGUAUUGGAGCUUGCAACAUAAAGCUGAUACUCCAGAGACCAUCCCUGAAGAAGACAAUGCUGCUUCUGAUGAAUCUCCGGCUGCCCCCACUGAUGAUGAGAAUGCUUCUUCCUAAGUCAGAGAAAAGGAGCGGCAAGAGGACACAGAUAUCCAUGAAAAUAAGUAUAGAUAAUAUCGUUCGCAUAGUCACUGAUGAAUUGGUGGAGAGUCCUCAGCAUUUGUUUUCAAGAGGACAAAUCUCAUAUAGUUGGUCAAUCUAAUAUGUUAAUUACCUAUAAAUUCGUUAGUCACUAUUCUUUAUCACCACAAAGUGGUUAGGGUGGUUGGUACAAGGCAAGAAAAAAGUGACUUGUAUAUUUUUAAAGAAUCUUUAGGCUCCCUGGACUUUACAGAUUACCAGGGAUUUCAAAUAGACAGUAAUCUUGUUUUCUUCAUGAAACUGAUUAUGAGAUUUGAAUGUCAAUCUAACCAUUGGGGUUUUUAAA